UAGUAACUAGCAAGAGGUGAAUCCCGCACACAUUUUCAUUGCAUUCAUGUGCAGUGUGUUAAACAAAGACUCUUGUAUGUACAGCGUGACACAUGCUUGUGCUCUAGGAUAGUCUGUCAUCCUAAUCUUCUAACAUCCUUUUGGCUUGGGUGACCAGAACAAAAUUCAGUGAAACAUCUAGAAAAUUCAGCCAUAAGGUCUGCAAUGAUUGCAAUUUAAUUUAAAUGCAGCAGCCAGAUUCCUUAAAAAGUGCAUUUAUUAGAAAAGUCACCUGAACUGUUAAUUCGUAUUUAGGCUCUAGAACAAGGGGGCCAUGAUGAUUAUUUUUACCAUAGUUUUAAAUACUCCAUGCAUGUUAUGCAGACGUGCGUGUACUGCAUUAUCUCCUAACUAGGGUUGCCACCUUUUUUGGAAAAAAAUACCGGCCUUCGUAUAUAUCUAUAUUUUCCGUAUUAACAUUGGGAUCAACUAUCAUUUUUACCGGCCAGGUGGCAACCCCACUCCUACCCCUGGCCCUCAUGAGCGAAACGUCUUCCAACAAGUUGUUAUAUGUAUACACAAUGCUCGGUCCAGGGGUUUGUCAUCAGUCUGAGUGGAAAACAUAAUGUGAAUCCCCCAAACAGCUGGAAGACCACAGACUGCCGCUGUUUUAGUGAUCAACCGCUAAGCCUCUUUUGGAAAAUGUCUUCACCGUCCUCAGAAUCAUCCAAUGUUAAAAGUGGCCCUCCCAAGGAGGAGUAUCGCACCCCUGGAUUCAGAGGGGUAAAGACAACCACCCUGUUUAGAGCGGUGAAUCCUGAGCUUUUCAUCAAACCUAACAAACCAGUAAUGGUGUUUGGACUUGUGACAAUCACAAUGUGCGUUGCCUACAUUGCUUAUUUACAUGCUACAGAAGAGAACAAAAAGGAAUUAUAUGAAGCUGUUGACAGUGAAGGGAACAGGUACACAAGAAGAAAAACUUCUAAAUGGGAUUAAAUCACAGUUGGACUGAAACAAAUUAUCUAAAUAUAAAUAAAGAAAAUAAUUUUGGUAUCUGAAUUUGUGCUGCCAUUCUAGGAUGCAUAAGAAAUAAAGUCAGCACUUUUUUUAAUGAAAGGAAUAAAAUAAAGGCAAGUC